ACAUUGCAGGUGUACAGAGGGGGCUACCCAUUAGUUGUACAGCAAGGGUUCUUAGUGACAGGGUAGGAAAAACCGAGCACCACGGGCAACGCUUGGAAUUUGGCAUGCUGCGUCAACGUUUUGGCUGUGGUCAUCAGGCUGACGGGCAAGCUACAGGACUUAUGCCCAACAUAGAUUGCCUGUGGCAGUGCCUUGGCCCGUUAGGGGAGUUGAGGCUGAUCUCUUCAGGGAUCCGGCAUCUUGCACCGGCUAUGGAGUCGAAGCCUGUGUGUGUGUGUGUGUGUGCUUCGUGGAGUAAUGGGAGCACUGUGUGCAUGGCGUCGCCUGCUGAGGGUUGGGUCAGGAUGCAGUUCGCAGCGGGCGCAGGCGGUACGGUAAGAGACCACGACAGAAGCGCUGCAACCGCAGAACAGCCGUGGCAUCUCUCGGAUGGCCUCAUUGGGAAUGAAAGCCGCUUUCCGGCAGCUAAGAGCUGCGGGUUGGCCUUGAGAGAGGGAGGGGGCUAACGGUGGAUAGUCAGCAGCCUUCACCCUCACGAUCCUGACCAUGGCGAGAAACCGGCUCCGUCGUCUGCAGUGGUUGCUCCUAUGCAUGAGCUAGUGGCCUAUCUAUGCCCAGCACCAGCACC